CUGAAACUAUUAAGGAAGAGUACUGAGUCAAUUUCACUGUGUGGACUGAUCCUGUGUGGACUGAUCCUGAGGUGUAUAUGUACUAUAAAGCAGCCAUGAGUCUUGGUGGUACAGUACUGUUGAUGCUGAUAGCUACUGGAGCAAUGGUCUCUGGACAGCCAAUUUGGUUCACCCUGGGAUCAACCAACAUUACUACUAACAAUACUGAGAUCCUCAUCACUGACAUUGGAGAGGGUGCUGAUGGUGGUCUCCCUUCUCUCACCUGUCACACUGUCUACACUGGCUGCUGUAGAAGUUUUGCUGAGAACAAUGGUCAGGGAGGACUGGGACAGUGGACGUAUCCUGAUGGGAGUGUGAUACCGAACAAUGGUGGUGGACAGCAGUUCUACAUUAACAGGAGUGGUCCUCAGCUCAUUAAUCUAAACCGUAGACAAGCUAUCAACCCCCUCACUCCAACCGGGUCCUACUGUUGUACUGUACCAACUAGUGCAGAAGUAGAGAUGACCUUCUGUGCUAACCUGGUUCUGUGCCCCUCCCUCCCACCACUGAUGGAUGGAGUGAUCUCCUACUCUGACCCAACACUGGGUAGGGACACUGUGGCCACUCACACCUGCGAGGCUGGGUCUGCCCUCACUACUGACCUCAGUACCAGGACCUGUGGAGUGACUAGUAAUGUGGGUGUCUGGUCUGGGUCACCUCUGGUGUGUGCAGGGAGUGCCUGUCCAGACCUCACUGAUCUACAGAAUGGAGUGAUCAGCUACAACACUGUAUCAGCUAAUAGCUACAGACGAGUUACUACUGUGGCCACCUACUCUUGUGACACUGGCUUUGAACUAACUGGUACCUCAAUGAGGACGUGUAGUGCUGGUGUUUGGGAUGGCAGUGAACCAACUUGUACAACCACUCUCGCCACCUGCUCUGACUUGACUGCUCCAACCAAUGGAAUGAUAGCCUAUGAUAUGGAGAGCAUGAACGCUAGACCAUUGAACACUGUGGCCACCUACACCUGUAUCACUGGAUACAUGGUGACUGGUGAUAUGACUAGGACUUGUGAGGGUGGUGGAGUGUGGAGUGGGACUGAUCCAACUUGUGAAUUACCGGCUUGUCCAGACCUCACCCUCCCAGCCAAUGGAGGGAUCACUUACAACCCAACCACCACCCCCAGAGCUGAUGGCUCCACGGCUACCUACACCUGUACCACUGGCUACCAGGUGACUGGACUGAUGGUGAGGAUGUGUAGUGUCAGUGGAUGGAGCACUGGAGAUGACCCUGUCUGUACUGCCAUCUGUCCUGACCUCAUCCUCUCCAAUGGAAUGAUCAGCUUCGAUCCAGCUACCUCCAUCAUACUAGAGGGAACAGUGGCUACACACAGCUGUGACACUGGGUACCAACUGUCCUCAUCCACUACUACUAGGACCUGUCAGUCUAACAGAACAUGGAGUGGAGAUGACAUCACUUGUCAACCUGUUGACUGUGGUGUCCUCACUGACCCCACCAAUGGAGCAGUGGACACAUCCUCUGGAACCACCUUCAUGAUGACUGCUACUUACACCUGUAACACUGGCUACAACAUUGUUGGUGAUAUGACUAGAACAUGUCAGGACGCUAUGUUGUGGAGUGGAGCUGCACCAACUUGUGAUACCCCGUGUCCUCGUGAGCUCCUCUCCAAUGGAAUGGUGGCCUACUCCACUUCUACUGACCCUCCACCAAUUGGAGCAAUGGCCACUUACUUUUGUGACACUGGCUAUGAACUGAGUGGUGCUAGUACGAGGAAUUGUGUGGCUGUCAGUGGAUGGAGUACAUCUCUACCUGUUUGCAAUCUUCUAUGCCUUGAUCUCACCAUCAACAACGGAGGCAUAGUCUACAAUAUUGGAUCACCUGACAACAGACCAGUGAAUACUACUGCUACUCACGCUUGUGACGCUAGCCUCAGCCUGGUUGGAGAGGCAGUGAGGACGUGUGGGAGUGAUGGGGAUUGGAGUGGGUCACCUCCAAUCUGUGUUGUGGUUUGCAUGGACCUGGUUGAACCAGUCACUGGAAGUGUUGUGUAUGAUAUGGGGUCCAAAGAUAGCAGACCAGUGGGUACCAUGGCAACGUACACUUGUUCCACUGGCUACAUGGUGGUUGGUAAUAUGACCUGUCAAAUUGAUAGAACCUGGAGUGACAGUGCCACUUGUGAAUUGGUUUGUCCGGACCUCUCUGAACCAGACAAUGGCAAUAUAGUGUACAGUGACACCAUUCCCAGAGGUAUUGACUCAAUGGCUACCUACAGCUGCACUACUGCUGGCUAUCAGCUGGUGGGGAUAACAGAGAGGAUGUGUACUGCCAGUGGAUGGAGCACUGAGCCUGAUCCAACCUGCAUAGUACUGAUGGUGGACUCUCUGGCAGUUCUUGGAACACCAUCUCCAGGACUGAGCUAUUCUAUCACUUGUACUGCCACUGUGAUGGGAUCAUCUGCCACGCCCACCUUCCAAUGGUCCCAGGAUGGGAGUGUGAUCACUGUGGGGGGUACUAGGAACAUUGUGGGGGGUGAAGAGACCACCUCCCCCUACACCAACACUCUCACCUUCAGUCCAAUACAACAAUCACACCAGGGGGCCUACAUAUGUCAGGUUACCGUGGAUACAGUCACUGCUAGCAGCCCCUCCACUGAUGUCACUGUGGGAGUACCCACUCUAAUGGCCACCCUAACACUGGCCCCCUCUCCAAUGGCUGGUCAGAGCUACUCCCUCGCAUGUACCCUGACUGGAGGGGAUUCUCUGAAUCCAACCAUCACCUACCAGUUCACUCAAGACAAUCCCGGACAGACUAGGAUUAGAGCAACACAAGCCAAUCCCAUACUGACCUUUGAGACCCUGGUAUUGUCUGACAGUGGACAGUACAGCUGCCAGGCAACCGUCACCUCCCCCCAUCUCAACACUCCCCAGGAAGUGGAUAGUGGAUCACAAAGCCUCACCAUUCAGAUUCUCACUCCGAGUGUCUCUAUUCUGGAUCCUGGUAAUCUGUUUGCCACCACCUCCCCCACUCUUGUGUGUAGUGUGAGUGUGGACUCAUCAGUGGUGGAUGUGCCAGUGACUGCCAGUGUGGAGUGGGAUGGCCCCAGAGGAAUAGGGUUCUUCUCAGUCAGUGGACCUCUAUCAGGAGGAUCUACCACUCUCUCUGUUCCCCUCACCAAUACUGUGACAGGAGACAGUGGUGACUACAUAUGCAGAGCUAGUGUGAGUACAACAACGGCCUACCCUCAAGUAAGCCCCAGUAGUGAGGGAUCUGACAGCAGGAGCAUCACUGUCUAUGGUGUCCCCUCUGCCCCCAGUGUGACUGUGACUGGUAGUACCACCACCACCCUCACCUUCUCAUGGACACAACCACCAAAUGAACUGGUUACUAGAUACACCCUCGACCUCGACUAUCGUGGAGACUGCCCUGAGCAUAUCUCUAUCAUUUCUCAAGAAAGGCUCAAUGGAGAUGUACCAACAUUUACUUUUGGUAGUAUAUUUCGACUACAAGAGUUCAGUGACUACCAGUUGACCAUCACUGGGACCAAUGGAGCUGGUACCAGUUCACCUGUGUUGGAGACAGCUACUACUUUACCAGCUGCUCCUAAUGCCCCUGUACAGAACUUGAGACUCAACACCUCUAGAUCUAGUCCGAUCUCCAUCACCAUCCAAUGGGAUAGAGUGCCUUGUAUUAGCAAGAACAGUGACAUCACUGGCUACAGUGUUGUCUAUACUCCUCCUAAUACUGUCAAUACUGUCUCUGGAACUGACAGAAGAGAGUUCACAUUCUCUGUCUUCCCAAGAACUGAUUAUACGAUAAGAGUUAUCCCCAACAGUGGCAGUGGAUCUGGACCCAGCAGUCAAACCAUCACUCAUACAACUGACCCUGCGACUGAUGUGAGUUUCCUUGUUAAUGGAGAGCUCUUACCUGACAACUCUGUCAUCAGACCAGACCAGUUUGGAGAGGACCUGACAGCUCUUCAUUGCCUCACCCCUUAUGAAGAUUGCUGUAGACUGUCCGACACUGUGGGUCCAAUGGGGGCAGGGCGAUGGUUGAGUCCUACUGGGGACAAUGUUGUCUCCUCAGAGUCAACUUCCAUGCUCUACAUGUCACGCAACCCCAGUCGUGUGUCACUCAAUAGAGACAGUUCUUUAACACCAGCUGCUGGGAUCUACCGCUGUCUGAUUCCAGUGUCAGAGAGCUCUGAUCAGACCAUCCACAUCGGACUCUACCCUGAGGGACAAGGUGCUCCCACUAUACCUGAUGAGCUGGUGUUUAGUAGAGGCUCUCUCACUCUGACCUGUGUGUCUAAUGGUGGUCCAGCUAGUGAAGUAGUGUGGACCAGGGAUGGAGUUACUGUCUCUACUGGAUACACUCUCACACAAACUGUCACCAACACAGCCACUGCUACCUAUGAGAAUGUCCUGACUGCUACUACCAUCGCUGAUCUGGUGGGUAACUUCACCUGUACGGUCAACAACAGCAGAGGAACCUCCAACACUGGGACUAUACGGAUAGGUGGUGUUCGUAUCAUAGACCCCCCACAGCUGACGGUGGGUCAGUCUGCCACCCUCACUUGUGAGAGUGACCUGACUGGUACUAUAGAAUGGCUGGACUCUGACAUGAGUGUACUAGCCACUGGAACUGGAUCAGAGCUAGACUACACUAUACCUCUGGUCAGUGAUGGCAUGCAUGGAUCCACUCUUAUCUGUAGAGCUCCUGGGGGGUCAGAGGUCAUCAAUUUUAUUGUAAUAGUGCCUCCUGACAUUCUUGACUUCACCAUCACUCCUGUUGGUUCCCCCACUGCUGGCUCUGAGUACUCGUUGCGUUGUGAGGUAUCUCUGAGUAUCAGUGGAUUAGUCAACCCACCCACUGCAGUGUGGACAGUUAGUGGGAAUGAUCUCCUAGUCAGCUCCUCUGGUGAUGCCUCCACUCUGACCUUCUCUCCUCUGAGGACCUUGCAAGCUGCUACCUACACUUGUACUGGUCAGCUAGUGUCUCCAGCCCUUCAACAACCACUCACUGAUGUGCAGACACACUCAAUCACUGUGGACAUCCCCACUCCUGAAGUGACUCUGACCACACCUCCAUCACCCCUCACUGCUGGUACAUCACUCACACUCACCUGUACCAUCACUGUGGAUAAUGCUGUGGACUUGAAUGUGGUAGUGGACAUUGUGUGGGAGAUCUCCACUGACAGUGAUCCCAUCACCAUUCCCUCCACUGCCACUGGUAGUGUACCAACCUUCACCAACACUCUCACCAUCCCUAUACUGAGCACUCGCUACACUGGGGUCACUUGUAGGGCUACUGUGAAUGUUGUUGGAGAGUUUGCUGUCACAGACAGUCCUGAGGGAAGUGCCACUGUCCCCAUCACUGUACAAGCCCCCCUACCCCCUGUGGUGAUGAUCAGUGUGUCUGGUGACUCUGUGGCAGGCUCCUCCCUAUCUCUCCUCUGUACUGCCACGCCCCCUACCCCACUAGUGACUCCACCCACUAUAUCAUGGGUGGGUGUGGUCUCGCCUGAUGAUGAUGUCACUGUCACCAACACCUCGACUGUGUUAGAGUAUAACACUAUGGUGACCUUUGACCCUCUGAGGACCAGUCAUGGCCGUGUGUACGUGUGUGUAGCAGGUUACAAUAUUCCUGCAGCAGACAUAUCAUCCAGUGUGCAGAGCAGUGACUCCACCAUCGUCAAUGUGCAGAUCUCUCCUGUUGCCAUCACUCUGAGAGGUGAUCCAUUUGACAGUGAUUUCAGUACUGGCUUGGAACUGGAUCUUGUGUGCAGACUGGAAUUGGAUCCUGCUGUAGACAGUCCUCUCACUGUGACUAGUACCUGGGUCAAAGACAACCAACCACUCGUUCCUGAUGGGGCAAGACUCACUUUCACUGAUGCUAUAAUGAGUGGAACCACUCCACCAUUGUAUAUGACAAGCGUGUUGUUCAGAACUAUAAAUGCAAGGCUCUCUGACUCUGGUAACUACACCUGCAGUUUCUCUAUAGUUCCCAACCAGCCCACAUACAUCACUGGAACCACUGCCACUGUCAGUAGGCAUAGUGGAAGAUUUUCCUGUACAAAGAGUUAUUCUUGUUGCUGAUAUGACUGUUGCUGCCAGCAGCUCUUACUCUCUCCAGUGUAUGGCUACCAGAGAUGAAGAUCUUGCAUCAGAUUCUUUGUUAGAAGUUGAGUGGUUUGAUAACAAUGGAUCCCCCAUCACUGGAGAGACGAGUGGUGCU